AUGUAGUAACUAGCUUUGGGUGUCAUCCAGUGUGAUCCAUGUGCCAAAUGAUCCUUAUAGACAAAAGAACUAUAUUUACCCGUAUACAAAGACAAUUGAUAAAUAAUAAAAAGAUACAAAGAUAUACAUUCAAAUUUCAAACGUUAUUUUAAGAAAUAAAUAAGGUACCUAAAAUAUAUGUACGUAAUGAGUGAAGAACACAAUAAGCUCCCAAAAUCAGUUUUAAGUUAUUACGUGCAACUUUACUGUAAAAAAAGAAACAUCAAUAAAAAUAUAAGCAAACGUAAAAGUUUGGUAGCAGAAGCAACAAGAUCAUGGUUAAAUCUAAGUUCUUCUAAGCGAAAAAUAUUGACAAUGAAGUAUGAAAAUUGUUACCUAAAAUUACGAAAGCGGUUUGCUGAUAAAUUGCGAAAUACCAUACCAUUUUCAAACAAAAAUCAAAUACCCGAAACAAAAAUAGAUUGUAUCAGUAGAACACACUCUGUAGAUGAUGUAUGCAAUAUUACCUCACAAAUGUCAGAAAAUGAAAACAACCAAAGCAUUCAUGAAAGCAACCAGAGCAUAUGUUCUGUAGAUCAUCAGCAACGAGAUGACGAAAAAAAUGAAUCACAAUGGCCUAAUGCAUCAAUUCUUAAACCAUGUCCACCUCAAUUCAGAACAACAAAGGAGCUUUAUUAUAUAAUAAAUAAAAAUACUGAAGACCUAGAACCCUGGGAGAGCUUAACAGUAACACAGAGAUCAAAAUAUUCAGAUGCUGCAACUCGUAUUAAGAGACUAUACCUUAUGGAAUACACAAAUUAUUUAGAAAAUCUAUCUACUGAAGACCUUUACACACUUUAUAAAAAUGUGAAUGAUACAUAAAUGUAUAAUUAUUUUUGCAGUAACAUUGAAAACUGCAUUUUGUUUUUUUGGGAUUAACAUUUCAAUUACAAAAAAGUGUCAAUGAAUAAACUGCAUAUUUUACAUUGGAUGUAGCUGAAUAAAAAUUGACUAUUUGAUUAAGCAAUUUAUUUAAACAUCCUUAUUAGAUCAAGGUAACUAAAUGGAAUACAAUAAUUUAAGAACUGUUAUUCAAUUACUAAGUUUAGACUAAAUCUAAUUAACAUUAUGAGAACAUGUCUUAAAUAUAAUAUUUAGGUUAUUUUACAAGAAUAUGAAAAAAA